UACUGUGAAUAUGUUUACGGAAACACUGGCUGCCAAGUUCCCAGAAUGCCGGCUCCCAGAGCCUGGAAGAUCAGUUUUACGAGGCCGUUCUUCAUCCAAUGUCAAGGUAAUUCUUGACACAACGAGUGCUAACAGUGGCCUAGACGCAAAUGGAUGGGCAAAGAAGGUUCUCUUGAGUGGAAAAGUUGUAUUUGUGGAGAGAAACUGUUCAAAGGAGCCUAUAUAUUUGAAAGAGCUAGAAGAGCUGGUGGGUAAAGAAAAGGUGAGGUUUCCCAUGGUAAUUGUGAAUGGGAAGGAUUUGUGUAGAGAAGAAGAGGUAGAGAGUUUAGAUGAUUUUAAGAACAAGCAAAAGCUUAUUAUGUCAGCAUUGAAUGUGCUUUAUGUCACCGAAAGAGAAUUGAAAAGCCUUCCAUUCGGCAGAAGGAGCUCGAUUGAUGGGGCUGCCGAGCACCUUUAUCCAAAACACUGUAAAAUUGUUUCGAGAGAAAUUGGCUGCCAAGUUCCCACAAUGCCGCCUUCCUACACCAGACGGUCCAAGUUCACAAGGCAGUUCUUCAUCAUCAAUGUUGAGACCUAAACCAUCUAACGACGAGGUGAUUCUUUACACAAUUAGUGUUGAUAAUGGCCUAGGUGCAAAUGGGCUGGUAAAGAAUAUUCAGAUGAGUGGGAAUGUCUUAUUUGAGGAGAGGAAUUGUUGAAAAGAGUCAGAGUAUAUGAGAGAGCUAGGAGAGCUGGUAGGUAAUGACAGGGUAAGGUUCCCUAUGGUGACUAUUAAUGGGAAGGACUUGUGCGGAGCAGAAGAGGUGGAGGGUUUAGAUGAUUUUGAAAACAAGAAAAAGUUUAUAUCAGUACUGAAUCAUCUCUAUCUUACUGCAAAAACAAUAGAAAACCUUCAUGACAUGUUUAGUAGGAGUUUAACAUUUCAAAGUAGUAUUCAGGACCAGUGGAUCAAUCGGAGAUACUCUUAGUGGUUGUGCUACUUUUUCCUGUUUCUUUACCAUGUUUCUUUCAAUAUAAAUGUAACUAGCUCUCAUUCUUUGACUCUUUUGACUCUUCAUCUUAUUUA